UUCAGUCUUACUCCUGAAACCUCCUGCAUACAUAGCUGAUACGCCACCUACUGCAAAACGGAGCUGACAGCUCAUGCGAGGUUGCCAGCAUUUCCAUUCCAUCACCGAGCUAGAGCUGAAUAAAGGCGUUUGUGUGGUGGUGGUGGUGCUUUUUAAAAAGCUCUGUCUAAGCCAAGAACAAGAAGCUGCAGAGAUUUUGAAAAUGGAACGUAAAAUAAACAGGAGAGAAAAAGAAAAAGACUAUGAGGGGAAACACAACAGCCCUGAAGGUACUACUGAUCAAGGAAAGAGCUGCAAAACGCUGACGACUCUCAAUGUUGGUGGAUAUUUGUAUAUUACUCAAAAACAAACACUGACCAAGUAUCCAGAUACUUUCCUUGAAGGUAUAGUCAAUGGAAAAAUUCUUUGCCCCCUUGAUGCGGAUGGUCACUAUUUCAUAGACAGGGAUGGGCUCCUUUUCAGACAUGUUCUGAACUUCUUACGGAAUGGAGAACUUCUACUACCAGAAGGAUUUCGAGAAAAUCAACUCCUGGCCCAGGAGGCAGAAUUCUUUCAGCUUAAAGGGCUGGCGGAAGAAGUGAAAUCAAGGUGGGAGAAAGAACAGCUAACAUCCAGAGAGACGACUUUCUUGGAAAUCACUGAUAACCACGAUCGCUCUCAAGGUUUGAGAAUCUUUUGUAAUGCUCCUGAUUUCAUAACAAAAAUAAAAUCUCGAAUUGUACUGGUGUCAAAGAGCCGGCUGGAUGGAUUUCCAGAGGAGUUUUCUAUAUCUUCAAAUAUUAUUCAAUUUAAAUACUUCAUAAAGUCCGAAAAUGGUACACGACUCGUGCUAAAGGAAGACAACACCUUUGUCUGCACCCUGGAAACUCUUAAGUUUGAGGCUAUAAUGAUGGCUUUAAAAUGUGGCUUUAGACUGCUGACCAGUCUGGAUUGUUCCAAAGGGUCAAUUGUUCACAGCGAUGCACUUCAUUUUAUCAAGUGAUUACUUCUGUCACUAGACAAAGGCAACAAGCAUGAAGCUGGUAAACCUUGUUAAAAUACAGCAUCCAGACAUCACAAAUAACAUGCCUAACUAGCUCUGUACCCCAGAGCUCUGCUGCUAAUGAAUUACUGUGAGCUAAUGGUAUGUAAAUUCUAUCUAUGACAUCCAUCUCUGGGCUAUUUGUGCUGGACAGAAUCCUGCACCUAAAACAGAAACAAACUAUCUUCUAAAAACUGUAAAUAAAUACUGAAUGUUUUUGCUAUUUAUUUUUUCCUUCAGGUGGUUUUCAACUGGAAUCGCAAUAUAAAAUGUCUUGGGCACUUGCACGAUUAACAUGCAUGUACCUUAUUGCACUUUUAUGAUGAUAAAAAUAUUUUAACAGAAUACAAGACUUAAAAAACUGUGCUUUCAGAAAAAUUAUAAAGCAGCUGAAUUGGAAAAUAUAAGCACUCAGCACAAAACAGACUUGCAGAUCAACUAAAACAGGUUUCUAGUGCAACAAAAAUGAGACUGCAAGAGGGCAUUAAAGAUAUUGAUUUAAAUUUUAAUGGCAGGCAACAAAGAACAUUUCACAGCUUCUUGUGAAAAAAAACCUGGAAUUACAGCUGAAUUGAUAGUUUGCUGAAAAUUCCUAGAAUAUUGUGUUUUGUAACAAUAAAGAAAUAAAAACAAUGCUAGCUUCUUUUCUUGUAUGCAUGAUUAUAAACAAUAGUAGUAAUGUCAAAAUAUUAAUAUUUAGUCACACUUAAUGAUCUCAUGUAACAAUGUGUAAAAUGAAAUAGCUAACUACCAUGCCACAAAAAAACUGGAUUGUCACCUAAGUUGUAAAAUUAGCAAAUCUGGUAUUUACAGGUUGAAGUCCUACAGGUAUGGAGAACUUAAGUCUUGGUAGAGCUCUUAUUAAAACCCUAAGUAGCAGCUGUUUCAGAAACAAAAGAAAACAAAAAACCUGAACAUUUUUGGAGAUUAAAAAUACUAAAUCAUCAUUUCCUCCUCCUGCAAUAUAAUUCAGUCACAAAAAGAUUCAAUUAACUGUAAUAGUGAUAUAGUUCUGACCCUAAACAUUUUUAUGAGAUCUUAAGAUUAAUUGGGUUUUAUCAAAAUGGUAGUUUCUUUGAAUUCCUGGUUAGUGAAUAAAACAAGUAAGUUCCAAAAAAUAAAUUUUAAACAUGCGCACAAAAAAUGCCUAAAGAGUAGUAGGAAUAAUUUAAAUUUUUUCAGGUUUAUAUGUCUAAAUGAAAUCAUGCACCUAAAAUUUUUUUUAAUGCUUUUCAAAUGUAUGUUUACUUCUUGCACAGGGAAGCUGAGUUACUUUUAUGCUACUUUCUCCAUGCAAAGUACUCAUCUAAUCUGCUAAAAUUGGCCUUUUAAUCUAAAAAAA